CCGAGUGUCGGGUGUAGACGAGAGGUGCUGGGGGGUUUGGAUACAGCGCGGAGACACCCUCGCACACGCUCAUUCAUUCAUUCAGUCAGUCAGUCAGCCAACCAGCCAGCCACUCAGUUAGACAGACAAAGAGGAGCAGCAUCCUGCAGGAGGACAGCACGCUCCCGGGGGAUGGGGCAUCAUACCCCUGCAUCGCGGCGGGGGUGUCGGAGGAGGCACAGGAGAGCCAUUCAGAAGAGCCGAGGGUCAAAGGUGAGAAGAGCAGAGGGCACCAUGGAGAGUGAGGCGGGGGCCCCUGCCUCCACUGCCAGCAGCGCCGGGACCGCCACCACCACCGCCGCCUCCUCCUCCUCCUCCUCCUCCUCAUCCACCACCAGCUCCAGCACCACGGCCGUCGGCAGCAGUAGUACCUCCAACACCGCUGCUACUACCACUACUUCUACUACUUCCACUAGCAGUAGUAAUGGUAGUAGUAGCAGUAGUAGUAGUACUACAGCAGGAAGACAGGCGGUGCCUCAGAUAUCGGUUUACAGCGGGAUACCCGACCGACAAACGGUGCAGGUAUUCCAGCAGGCGUUACACAGACAGCCCAACACAGCAGCGCAGUACCUGCAGCAGAUGUACGCAGCUCAGCAGCAGCACCUGAUGUUACAGACCGCAGCCCUCCAGCAGCAGCACGGCCUCAGCACCGCUCAGCUCCAGAGCCUGGCUGCUGUACAGCAGGUCAGCAAACGCUCACCAAAUGCCAGUAUUGCGGCUGGCCGGCAGAGCUCCUCACAAAAUGGCACUUCAUCUCAGCAAACCGGAUCCACUCAGGCUACAAUCAACCUGACCACCUCCCCAGCAGCUGCUCAGCUGAUCAGUCGGGCCCAGAGCAUCAGCUCCACCCCUACCAGUAUUUCCCAGCAGGCCGUUCUGCUGGGCAGCCCUUCAAGCCCCGCUCUCACAGCCAGCCAGGCACAGAUGUACCUGCGUGCGCAGAUGGCCCAGGUGCAGGUGGCCAGGAGCCUGGGUCGAGCUGUUCCUUUGUCCCCCCAGCUCAUCUUCACUCCAGCGGCCACAGUAACAGCUGUCCAGUCAGAGAGCUCCACGCAGACCUCUUCACAGAAUCAGGUCCAGAACCUGGCCAUCCGUGGCCAGCAGGGGGCGACAACGUCCUCUUCUCAGACUCAGACACUGCAGGCCCUCAGUCUGAAGCAGAGCCCUGUGCCCAUUCAGCCCGCCUCAUUGAUCAAGAAUCCCAGCCCGGUGACCCAGGCCCCCGCAGGAGGGAAGCUGGGCUCCUCCGACGGCCUCUCUGAAGGAGGGAGGAAGGGGGACGGUGCGGCAGCCACAGAAGUCCGAGCUAUAAACAUGAGCCGCAACGUCACAGCCGUCAGUGCUCAGCCUCUGAUUGCUCCAGCAUACACCCAGAUUCAGCCUCAUUCGCUGGUUCAGCAGCACAAGCAGCAGCAGCAGCAGCAGCAGCAGCAGCAGCAACAGCAACCGCAGCAGUUCGUGGUCCAGCAGAGCCAAGGUUCCCAGAGGACGGCGGGCCAGCUGCUGCAGACGGCCUCCAUUCAGCCGUCGCAGCAUCCCGUCCCCGUGUUGCCCAAACCCGCUCCUCACCAGCCCUCCGCGCCCAGCCAGCAGGCCACCAUCUUCCACUCCACCAUCAGCCCCCACGCCCUCCACUCCUCCCUCAACCAUGCCAAAUCGCAGCCCGUUCAGCUCACUGCCAUCAACCUACAAAUACAGCCGACGGGUCCUCGGCCGGUUCAGGACAGUAAAGAUAAGCCAACUUCUCUAGUGGUCAGAGAGACAUGUCAGACCCCGUCCAUGCAGCAGCAUCAGCAUCAUCAUCAUCAUCAUCAGCAGCAGCAGCAGCAGCAACAGCAGCAGCAGCAGCAGCAACAACCUGCACCUUCCCCAUCACAACCCUCCAAGCCUGCAGAGCUGCCCAAGGUCGACCCAGUCGCACCAGCUGCACAGCCGCAAGGAGGGGGUUCGACCAAGAGGCCAAGCGUGCCACCGGGGACCCCGCCCCCAGCCAUGACCUCAGGAAAUGAGAGCCAAGCGCCCACCGUGACGGGCAGCACGCCGCAGAACGGAGAGAACAAACCGCCUCAGGCCAUCGUCAAGCCCCAGGUCCUCACACAUGUCAUCGAGGGCUUUGUCAUCCAGGAGGGAGCCGAACCGUUCCCCGUGUGUGUGGAGCGUCUGCCUAUUCUCAUCGACAGCCCUAAGAAGCUGGAUCACCAGCUCUCAUCGGACCCCGACAAAACUCCAGUCAGCAACGCGGCCAACAGCGACUCUGAGGCCGAGGACAUGAACCAACCAGAAAAAGAAGAACCCAAGCUGACGUGUGAAUACUGCGGCUGGGUCGACUUUGCCUACACGUUCAAGGGCUCCAAGAGGUUCUGCUCGGUGGUUUGUGCAAAGAGGUACAAUGUUGGCUGUACGAAGAGGAUAGGACUGUUCCGCCCGGAGAGGACCAAACCAGCGAGUCGCUGGCGUAGGAAAUCUCAGGGCCGUCCCAGUAUAGAGGCCAAAAAGCAGAAGAUGUCCCCGUCUCCCCAGCAGCCUCAGGGCGGUUCUAUAUCCUCGCCUCACGCCUCACAGCCGAGUCAGGAGGAGUCCAGCCCGUGCUCAGACAUGUCCAGCUACGAGGAGCUGCCUUCUCCGAUGUCGGCGGCCAGCUCGGGACCCCUGGCUCCCGCCCCGGCCCAGGUCCCCGUUCACCGGCAGCCAAGCAGGACCUCGGACCAAGACGGCUGCGCCGGGAGGGACGCGGCGCCGCUCUGUCAUGCCUUCUUACCCAACGACCCCACCAAGUGGAACGUGGAGGAGGUUUAUGAGUUCAUCCGUUCACUGCCAGGUUGUCGGGAGAUAGCGGAGGAGUUUCGCUCUCAGGAGAUUGACGGACAGGCCUUACUCCUGCUGAAGGAGGACCACCUGAUGAGCACCAUGAACAUUAAGCUGGGACCUGCACUCAAGAUCUUUGCUCGCAUCAACAUGCUCAAAGACUCAUAGCAGGAGAUGGUGUGAGUGUACAUCGUAGCACUGACUGCACAGACUGCACUGUGACCCGGCCUUCUUCAAACUUCUGGACUCACUCAAACUAGGAUAAACCCCACAGACAGAUCUUCAUACUCACCUACAUCAUCUGAGUCACCAUAUCGCAAGUUACACCGAUCAGUCAUAACAUUGUGACCACCUGGUCAUAAUCACUGGUCAGGUGGAUAACACUCAUUAUCUUGUUAUCAUUUGGCAGUAGGAGAACAGUUUGUCCUCAAAGGUGAUGCGAUGGCUAACUGCUGAGAGCAUCUCCACUGCAGCUCUUUUGGUACGUUCAAAAAUGGUCCAAGGAAGGAGAAGAGGUGGUGACAUGGUCAUGUGAGGCCAAAACUCAGAUGAAUGUGGGAAACGGACGUUGGCCAGUCUGAUCCAACAGCGGCCCACGAGUUUUAAUGUUAUGGCUCAUCUGCGUGUAUUUGUGUUCAGUACGUAUGUCGGUGGUUCUGUUAGUGGUCUGCAGCGCUGACGGGAAGUCGUUCAUCUGUGUUCACAUGCACUCAAACGUCAUAGAAACAGUGACUCUUUACAAAACCAGUGCCAAAGUCUAAAAUGUUUGUUCUUACACUAAAUAGGUAAGCAGAUUGGAAAAGUGUAAAGGAUUGAUGAGGCAGAGCUGAACUCUGAGCUGAAUGUCCAUCAGGUUGGGGCAAUUUGUGCUUUUGUUCUGGAAUCAAAUAUAGAGAGAUGACAGGGGAAAACGCGGACACACAGGAGGCUGGGGUUUAUGUUCACUGUCGUAAACCUCAAUUUGAAGAAAGAAAUAAAGAAACUCUCCCCAGUAAAUUAAAAGGUCACCUUCCUUCGCCUUCGCCUGCUCUCUCAAACUUCUGCAUCAAAAUGCUGCAAAUUGCCCUUUUAUCUGUCUCGUACGGCUUUGCGUACCUUCACCUGAGACAUCAUCACCGCCAUGUUUUAUCUGUUAGGAUCUGAUCGCACUGCGUCAGAAUUAAAAUAGCGAACGCUUAUUAAUAUCAGAUGUAGACACAAAGGCUCAGGUGUAAAAGGGGUCUUGGGUUUGGCCCGAGGAAAAGAAAACGAGUCCGAGAGAAUAACCGGUAACGUUGGUUCACCACCAGGCAGGUCUGGGUCUCGACGUGCAGCAGGUAUAAAUCGUGGCAUUAGGACAAAACAAAAGUCUGAAUUUCUGAUAUAAUUAGACAUGUUUUUGUACAAUUUUGUUCGUGUGUAAAUGAGAGCGAGCGAGCGAGCGAGAUGGCUGUAUGUGUGGCUGGGAACAGAACAUUGCAUUCAUUAAUUUGCUCAUUUUUAUUCAGUAGAUGCUCCUUUUCUCACAAUAGCUCUGGAAUACAAAGCUCCAAUGCAGAGAAAGCAUUUAAGCAGCUUCUCUUCUGAUAUUGAUUUUCCUUUCUCUCACCGUUUUCCUCCCGUAAACUGCUUACGAUUUUCUUUUUUUUCUGAAACAAUUUGCUCAGAUAUGACAUUGAUUCCUUAUCUCAGUUUCAGAGGAGGACACUAAGUUAUCCAGGGAACAACCGCGCCGUGUCUCUUCACAUAGCCCUGCUUUUGGCACUUAUUUCCCCUGUCGUUUGCUUUAACGCUAAGAGAUAUGCUGCCUAAAGAGAGAAGUCCAGAGUGGCAUUUGUGAAGCGAUGCAAGAAAAAAAAAUAAUAAUUAUAUGUACAUAGCAGCUAAUGUGAGAAAAAAAGAGUCUGUUAUUUCUUUAAGUUAUCCUUGUUAUGUUUAAAGUUCAGCGGUGUUUGAUAUUUUGAAAUAUGCAAAUGUAUAAAAUAUCAUUGGCCUGGGAGUUGUUUUUAUUACGGUCUUUUUUUAAUGAAAAUUUUAUCGUAUCUAUUUGUGUGUUGUGGGUGUGAUGAAAAUUUGACUUUUUUUAGAUAAUGCUUUGUCAAAUGCUUGUAUUUAUCAAAACGGUUUGUUACACAUUUUGCAGUUAUAAAUAAUUUGCAAUACAGCUCUGUUUUUGGA